GGUCACGGCAGGGGUAUAAAUGCACGCGAACCCAUACUUCAAUCACAAGAACAGUUAACAACAAUGGCGCUUAAUCAGGUUAGGUUACGAUGUGUAAACGGUUUACUGGCUUACAAUGGCUGCGUUACAUCAGCUGUAGUCCUUAGAGUACCCCAGAGUCGAGACCGUGGCGGGGAAAGGCACGCAAGUUCUGGGAACUCUCAAAAAACAUCCUCAAACAGACUGAAAUGGCUGGCGCUCGGAUCUGCUACUGUUGUCGGUGCUGGUUUAUACUUGAAGUACAAGAGCAGCCAGAAUGUCGUGUCAGCCGCAACUAAGGUCCGUACUCCCGCUAUCCAGAGUGGCCCGGGCUCCAUGCGGAGUGACCUGCCCCUGUUUACUGAGGAACAAGUAUCACAGCACAACUCGCGACAGAAUGGGAUUUGGGUGACCUUCAAGAACGGCGUGUACGACAUCACAGAGUAUGUGGCACAGCAUCCCGGAGGAACGAAGAUCAUGAUGGGAGCCGGGAAGUCCAUCGAGCCUUUCUGGGAGCUGUAUGGCGUUCACAAAAAUCCCGAAAUUCUACACAUUUUAGAAACACACAGAAUCGGGAACAUUGUAUUGGUUGAAGAUAAGUCGAAAGCUAAAACAAACGACCCCUAUGCUAAUGACCCCAAACGGAGCCCUGUGCUUAUUCCAAGUUCAUCACGACCUUUUAAUGGCGAACCACCAACCACCAUUUUGGUCGAUAAUUACAUAACCCCGAAUGAGCUCUUCUUUGUCCGUAACCACCUACCAGUGCCGAAGGUUGACCCGAAAGAUUACAAACUUGAAAUGGCUGCGGACAAGUCUUCAGUGAAACUGAACCUACAUGACCUAAAAUCUAAGUUUAAGUCACAGUCAGUGACCUCCGUGGUUCAGUGUGCCGGAAACAGACGCAGCGAGAUGACGAAGAUAAAACAGGUCAAAGGUUUAAACUGGAACAAUGCAGCCAUCAGCAAUGCGACCUGGACUGGGGUGACCUUGAAUGACCUUCUGAAACAUUCCGGCAUUGACCUUGACAAGGUCGACUGUCAGCACGUGCAGUUUGAGGGUAUGGAUAAGGGGCCUGAAGGGGCACCAUAUGGAGCCUCGAUUCCAAUUGACCUUGCUCGCUCAUUGAAGGACGAUAUCAUCAUUGCGUACCAGAUGAAUGGUAAGGACAUCCCAUUGGAUCAUGGCUAUCCUGUGAGGGUGAUUAUUCCGGGCGUGGUUGGAGCGAGGCAGGUGAAGUGGUUGACGAGGAUCGUGAUGUCAGACGAAGAGAGUCUGUGUCACUGGCAGAGGAAGGACUACAAGGGCUUCAACUCGUCAGUUGACUGGCAUAAUGUUGACUUCGACAAAUCUGUGGCCAUACAGCAGCUGCCUAUAACAUCCGCCAUUUGUGAUCCUCCAGAGGGCGCUGAGAUUGAAGAAGGGGCAGAAGAGGUGACGUUGAAGGGGUAUGCAUGGAGUGGAGGUGGUCGCGGUGUCGUGCGUGUGGACGUGUCGGCCGACGGGGGCCAGACAUGGCAGGAGGCGGAACUAGAGCCCAACAACCAACCGGCUUACAAGUCAUGGGCGUGGACACUGUGGGAGGCCACCAUCCCACUUCCUGAAGGUCACAAGGGCAAGGUUAACCUUGUGUGCAAGGCUGUGGACGUGUCAUAUAAUGUCCAGCCUGACAACGUUGAUGGAGUGUGGAAUCUUCGUGGCGUCCUGAACAACGCCUGGCAUCGAGUCUCAGUUACCGUCCCCCCAGAGAAAGAAUCGUAAGAAA